GUCUUCACCUUCCCCCCACCUCCAACCCAUCUCCACUACUACUCUUUCUUUAGUUGACCGACUUCACUCAUUUUUUCCUAUAUAUAAACCUCCCCACUCUCACUCUUUCUUACCCAUUAAUUCAUUCAACAUCUUUCUCUGCAAGAAAAGCAAAGAGACCUUUUCAAUUUCAAUGGCUCUUCAAGCUUUGAAUUCUCCUACUGCUGCCACUCAGCCCUUCAGUCAUGAAGACUCAUGGACCAAAAGAAAAAGAUCAAAGCGCCCCAGAAGCGAAUCUCCAGCUUCCAGUGAGGAGGAGUACUUGGCUCUUUGUCUUAUCAUGCUUGCUCGCGGCGGAGCCACCACCUCCACUGGUGGUAACCCAUCUUCUUCAUCACUUGAAAAACAGGAAGAUCAGCAGUUCCCGGAGCCUCCGAGUUUGAAACUUUCUUACAAGUGUGCUGUAUGCAACAAGGCUUUUCCUUCUUACCAAGCUUUAGGUGGACACAAGGCCAGCCACCGCAAGAACUCCACCGAGACGUCAAUCUCCUCCACCUCCCACGCCGCUGCCGCUGUUUCCGGUGAAGUCAACACGGUCGCUGCCACCUCCAGCAGUGGGAGUGGAAGGAGUCAUGAGUGCUCAAUCUGUCACAAGACUUUUUCUUCGGGUCAAGCCUUGGGGGGCCACAAGCGUUGCCACUACGAAGGCGGCAACAACAACAACAACAACAAUAUCAAUGCCUCCUCCGUGAAUGCAACCGCCAGUGUUUCGUUUUCUGAAGGCGGUGGGUCAAGCAGUCAACGGGGGUUUGACCUGAACUUGCCGGCCUUGCCGGAGUUCUGGUCUCAGGAAGUGGAAAGUCCUUUGCCAACAAAGAAACCCAAGUUCUUCAUGAAUCAACAACAGAUUGCAAGAUGUUAGACUAGUCCUUCGCAAAGAUUGAUUGAAUUUAGAAUUAUAGAUUAUAUAUGAAAAUUGUUUGUUCAGUUUGGGUUAUGUUUCAUUUAGUUAAACUCUAUAUGUACAGAGGAUCUGUCUUUCUAGUGUGAUUCAUUCAUUCAUUCUUUUAGUACUAGAUUUUGAUUGUAAAAGAUUACAUCUCUAUUUCAGAUAUGAAUGAAUUUAUUUUCCAAUCA